GACCUGGAUGACUUGAGAAUCUCCACAGACAUUCUCCAAGGUAUAUAUGAUUUACUCCCCACCUACUGGCCAGAUCUGUUGUGUUUUUCAGUUUUUGGUUUCCAAAGGCAGCUUUGCAAUUGCGUGGCGUAGGCAGGAAACCAACCCUUAUCUUUGACUGCGCCGCUGUUUUGGCUGGUGCUCUUCACACCUUCUCAGGAAAACGGUGCAAGAGAGAGCUGCGAGCAGCUGCAAGCAGAAGCUGGAGGUCUGGCUUGAAGGACGCCCAGGAGAAGGUCCACCUGGGAGAAACUCUAUGAGAAAUGGCCAUCCCCCAGUAGGACAUGAUCGCAAGCAUGACUUUGGCUCCCAGCUACUCCUAAACGGUGAAUUUCCUGUGACAAGCAGCUUUGCAGCCUCCUGUUUAUGGCGUCUGCCUUUGAGGAAGGACCGGUGGGCGGGUUCCUCUUCUUCAUCGCUGGGCUGUCUCUGCUCUCUGCCUGUUUUGUGGCUUUCUGUGCAGUCUGCAAAAGGAAAGAUAAGAGUGACCUUCCUUCCCAGGAUGACGAUGAACAAGAGUUGGUUGAUGAAGUUGCUGUGACAGGACCGAUGGCACCCUUGGCGCUCGGAGGUUCAGUUCCCAACCUGCAGCCCAGCAGCGGGAGCGAUUCAGGGGAUGCAAUCAUUAGAUCAGCCCCUCUGACUCUCCCUCACCCGUCGAACAAAGAUGGCGGCACGUUGGGCGGCUGCAGUUUCCUCAUCCUUCCUCAGUUUCCUCCUCCUUCCACCCUCCCGCCUUCUCCUGGGAUGACCUACUCCAAUCUGAGCUUUCCAAAACGAGGCGAGGAGACCCCGUGUGAAUCCAGGAAAGUCGAGGGAGAAGAAAGCAAGAACGGUCAUCCGGCAGCGGAUAAGAUAGCGGAGAACGUCCCGAGCUACCAGGCACAAGCAGCUGGACCCAGCUAUGCAUGUGUUGUGAAGAAGAAGAUGAAGAAGAAGAGGAUGAAGAAGACCGACGGCAAACAAACCUGGGUGGAGAUGGAGGAACCUCAAGAGAUGCCUCUUCCCGCCAAAAUGUGGCCUCCUCCACCAACGAAAGCGAUCGAAGAAAUGUACUCGGUGGUGUGCAAAGAGAAAAAGAAGAAGAAAGGCGAACGCUCUGAAAGGCCCGGCAAAGAGAGAGACCCCCAAGCAGAGGUGAAGUCAGGCCAUCCCCAGGGGAUAACAGUCAAUCAGGAAUCCAACGGCAUUGCAAGUUUCCAGUCCUCAGUGCUCUCCACCGCUACUGAGCCUUACUAUGAAUCUGUGCCGUGCGAAUCCUGGCCCGAGGUUGCAAGCCAGCCAAUGGCUGAGCCGGCUUAUGAGCCUGUGGACACUUACUGGAACAAGGGGAAGAAGAAACCAAAAAAGGCCAAAAAGAAUACGGUGACUGAAAAUUUCUACGAAAGCAUCGACCACGUGACCUUUCAGGGGCAAGGCAGAGGUAGAACAUCACACCUGGAAAGCUGACUCUUUGUCAGGGCUUUUCACGAGUCCACGGGCCCUGGGUUCCAACCCAUAAAAGAAUACAGAUAGUCCUCAACUUACAAUUAAUCAAUCAAUCAGAAUAGAGCUGGAAGGGACCUUGGAGGUCUUCUAGUCCAGCCCCUUGCUCAAGCAGGAGAACCUAUACCAUCUCAGUCAGGUGA